CUGACUUCAGACUUCUAUAGUCUUUGUUUUUCAAUUGAAUGAAUCAAGUGUUUGUGUAAAUGAUUGUGAAACAAAGAAUUUCCACAAGGCGAAAUAGAUGAGGCUCGAUAUAGUUACAUUUUUUAACAUUACUCAUGAGUACGGAAGAGACUCUGUUGAAUCUCGACUUCGACAAACCAAGCACAGUUAUUACGCCGCCCGAUGACGGCGUGGUUUCUCUCUCCAGUAGUGCUGAAGACAUUUGCUUAGUCCCUGAGAUUGGAUUUGAGGGCACCGUGGAUUCUCCGGGUGUUAACCGUGAGUCGCAACCGCUUCUUGGCGGUCGCGGCGACAUAGAAGUAUCAUUCAACCAUUUUCCAGAUGACCCUCAAUUUAGCGAAUUAGUAUGGCAGGCCGAGGUUGCCAUCGAUAAUGGAAUAUACCCAGAAAGGAUAUAUCAAGGUUCCAGUGGGUCGUACUUUGUCAAAAAUCCUGGAGGGAAAAUAAUCGGCGUGUUCAAACCGAAAGAUGAAGAGCCAUAUGGAAGACUGAAUCCCAAAUGGACGAAGUGGAUGCACAAAUUGUGCUGUCCAUGCUGUUUUGGCAGGUCAUGCCUUAUUCCCAAUCAAGGGUACCUUUCAGAGGCCGGGGCAAGUCUUGUGGAUUCCAAGAUCGGUCUUAAGAUCGUGCCUAAGACUAGAAUGGUGAAAUUAGUAUCAGAAACCUUCAAUUAUCUGCGAAUCGACCGCGAGAGAUCGCGACUGAAGCGCGCUAUCACGGAGCAGUUCCCUAAUCUACGAUUUAAUAGAAUGGGUCUUCCACCAAAGGUGGGGUCAUUCCAGUUAUUCGUAGAAGGAUAUAAGGACGCGGACUAUUGGCUGCGAAGGUUUGAGCAGGACCCACCGCAAGAGCAUGUUAUGAAGAAAUUUCAGUUACAAUUCGAGCGUCUUGUCGUACUGGAUUACAUAAUUCGUAACACGGAUCGCGGGAAUGACAAUUGGCUGAUCAAAUAUAUGGCGCCAUCUAACCGGAGUGAGCAGGAUAUGACGGAGCCGUCUGAAUGGAGUGGGGGCGGCAUAGAAGUCCGUAUAGCUGCCAUAGACAACGGACUAGCAUUUCCAUUCAAGCACCCGGACUCGUGGCGGGCCUAUCCUUAUCACUGGGCGUGGCUGCCGCAAGCUAAGAAGCCUUUUAGUACGGAGACCAAAGAGUUGGUGUUGCCAUUGCUGUCUGACAUGAACUUCGUUCAGGAACUUUGUGAUGAAUUACAUAUACUUUUCAAGCAAGACAAAGGUUUCGACAAGCGUCUCUUCGAACGGCAGAUGUCAGUAAUGCGAGGUCAAGUACUGAACUUGACUCAGGCCCUGAAAGACAACAAGAGUCCCGUACAACUCGUACAAAUGCCGGCCGUCAUCGUUGAGAGAUCUAAGAGUGGCACGACCCAAUCUCGUUUCUUCGACUCGUUCCAACAACGCUUCCAGCAGAAAUCACCAUUCUUCUCUUGGUGGUGAAAUAUGACACGUGGAUACAGACGAACGAUAAAAUAGGAUUUUGUAUGUAUGUAGUAUUUUAAUCUACUGAAGUUGAGACGAUCAUUCCAAUUAUCUAUUUAUAGGGUUUCACAACUUUGUGACAGAAAACUAUUUUUUUAAUCAACUAUGGCUUUGAAAUUUUUAAUAUUUUUUUGUUGUUGUAAUGGCGUCUUGUUAUGAACAUUUUGUAGUUGACAUAUUGGUUACGAGUCCCCAAUUGAAUUGACUUAAAUAGUUUCACCAAAAUUCCUGAGAUAACCUUUGGAUGUUGGUUAAAAAUGUAAAAGAAAAAAUAUUCAACUUCAGUAUUUGUGAAACAUAAUAUAAACGUUUUUGCGUUAUAUAGUUUAGUUACUGUUAAACUAGCUGAUGUUAACGACUUCAAUGAAAUAUUUCAAUUUGUUUAAAAUCUGUUUUUUUAUAUCUAAUCGUAUAUCAUAGAAAUGUCUAUGUUUUAUGUAUAUGUAAUUAUCAUUUAAAUUAUUUUAUUAAAAAAUAUAAUUCGUUAUAAGAACUUUUAACAUUAGUCAUUGAUGAUUCAUUUAGCAUAUAAAACUUAAGUCGCAAACAUCAGCUAGCAAUAUGCUUGUUAUUAAAAUCACCCAAAUUUCAUAGUAUAUGUAUAUUUUUAGAAAUGGCAACACUAAGUUACUUCUUUAAGAAGUAACUUAGUAAUUGUAUUCAAUUUCCAUCAAAAUUACACAUGACAAGCUUUUAUGUAACAUUAAUAACCAUUAUUAAUUCAACUAAACGAAAUACUAAGUAUGAGUGAUACACAACUCUAUAGAUUUGUAUAAUUUUGAAUGCUAACAUUAAGUUUACACAACAGAUGGCGUUUAAACAAGUCAAUAAAAUUUCGCGUCUCAUAAUCGUUACUCGUCUCUUUUUGACAAAUUUCAUCUUACCUUUGAUGAAAAGAGACAAUUUUAAAUCUGUAUUUAGACAGUUUUUGUAGUUCCAGUUGAAAGUUAUAUUCGCUUAUGUGGGACCACAAGGUCUUUAACCUUAGGGACCGUUCAAGUAGUACUUAACGAAUUUUGGGGGCUGGGGAUAAAACAUAACGAUGUGGGGCGGGGCGUGUAUUAUGCGUCAUUGUUAAGCUUAUUUUCGACUUUUCAAUACUUUACACCACAUAAAUGGCAACUUUAAGAUGUAAUAAAUCACUGGGUUGUAACGAAAAGCAUUAUUGCAUACAGAAGAACUUUAGGGCGCGUUACAUUGGGGGCAAGAAUCUCCAAAAAUUGCGUGACGUUACACUUGAACGCUCCCUUACUGAAUCAGAUAACAGUAUAGUGUUGCCUUUACCAAUCAUAUCGUCUGUAGAUAACUUUCACGUAUACCUAUAUAAUUUGAAUACAGAAACUUAAGAUUUCUCGUUUUAUUCUCAUGGGAAUAUCCAUUUUUAUUGUGACGUGUGUAAAAAGCAGUAUAUAGCUGUUAAAACUCGCAUAAUAUGACAAGUCAAAAGAUUUUUUUUGCAAAAUUUUGUAUACCCAUAAAUCAACAUAGUAAAAUUGAAAAAAUAUAGAAUGCGACUGAUUUAGCUCUAAAAUAUUAUUUUUUACGGGGAUCCCUUUUAUUAUUUUUGUUACCCAUUUUGCUUAUUUAUUUAGAACAAUUUUAUCCCAUGAUAGUGAUAUAUUGUAAUCUUCUAGAAUAUCAUAAUAAUAGGUUUGUUAGAUAUUAAUCGGUGACUUAUACAAUCAAAGUGCCUCAUCUAACCAAGUCGUGAGAAGGAGCUCGAAUUUUUACACCCCGUUCCUAUAUUUAACUAACGAAUAUUGAAGGCGGUAAUCAAGAAUUACAAGCGAUAGUAAAACGUACAGUUCCCAUGGGGUGUAUGAAAAGAUCAAUCGAAAGGGUAAAACCUCCUUCGUUACUUUUUUGUUUUUAGUUCUUUUUUUUUGUAACAACUAUCCACGAAUAUUCUUUAAGUUAAAUAAAGGAACCCGUAAUAGACCAAAACUCGUGAAAUAGUUCCAAAUAGCUCGAGCAAUAGCUUAGUGUUCCAUGAUUUUAAGCUAAUAUAAUGUGAAUUUACAUCUGUGAGACAUGCAUUUUAACUAUUUAUUAUUAUAAAUGUACGAUUCAACAUCGCUGGUUUUCUGUUACAUUACAUAAAAAUAGUCUUCGAGAGUAUGCAGGAUUUAAAUAAUUAUAAAAUCCUCAAAUAACACGUAUGAGAAAAAGAAUGAAGCCCUAAGUCUGUUAUUUCAAUUCCAAAUAUAUUACUUGACAUUUGACAAUAUGGCUGACUUUGACAGUCUUCGCCGGAAACUAUUCAAUCAAAUAAAACAAUAUUCCCACGUAUUCGUGUACGUUGUGAAAAUUGCGUAAAACAUAUUUAAGUUACUGUAGUAAAUUUAUACUUUAAUGUUUACUGGUCAUUGUUAAUAGCAGACUUGGUGCCUGGUAUCACAGAAUAAUUGUUAACAUCUUAAAUUUCAAGACAAUGUCAACAUCGUUUUAAGAGAAAACGGCUCAUAAUCAGUAGCUAACAUAGUUCCUUGUUUAAGAACAUCUUCGUACCUCCACGCUACAUAUUUCUAUUCAUACUCAGCUAUAAAAAUAAAACUUAAGUAUAUCUUUAAUUAUCAUCAUAUUUACAAGUAUUCUAUAAUUGUCUUUUUUUCUUGCACGUCAUAAUAAUUUUAAAGGGUAAUUUUAUUUUGUCUUACGUGUUUUUUUAACGGACGCUUUUAGAUCUCUCACCUGAUACUCUUCCUGCUUUCAGUAGACAUUUAUCACUACUAUUAGCAAUUGAAAACUGUGUAUUAAAGGAUUAUUAUCAUUUAAUAUUUCUAUAUCGGCAUAUUUAGUCAUUUGCAGUGUUGGAGGUGUGAAGACGUUAUUAUAAUUAGUAUGUUAAAAAUUAAUAGUUUACAAAUAGCUGAAUUGUUUCGUAUAAGUACCGAGCCGUUACGUGAGCCUUACAAAAUUGUUGAAUAAGUUUGCCCAAUAAUUAUUAAGUUUCUUCCCAAUGUAUAGAAGAAUUUGUAAAUAGUUUUAACAAUUUCGUUAUAUUGUCAUAUUUAUAAUAUUUAAUUGAAGAAAAUAUAAUCAUCAUUGCAA